CUAUAGUUCAUUCUCUCGUUUCCUCUCACACUCCCAUAUUUAUGCAAGUAUCAGUGCAAUUCGCGCGUGCGUUGGUGUAAGUUUGCAGUGCUGUGAGACACGUUAAACAUCGGAGUCUUAUUUUUCGCCACAAUAAACCCGCAAUUGCAAUAAGUACUCCAACUGGAGUCACUGCCCAAACGGAAAAGUGCCGAGUAGUGGUGACAACAAUCGCCUUCAUUUUUCAUUGCCAGUUGAGAUAAUUUCUAAAAAAUGUCAGCAAAAGCGAUUCGCGAAGCGACCGGCAAGGAUUUGAUAAACCGUAAGCUAGCGAACGGCACAAAGGCGGCGAAAUGUCGUUUCGUCCAAAUAGACGAAACCACCAACUGGAACACAGCGAUCGCUGAAAACCCCUGGCUGUCCACUGAGAAACUAGUGGUCAAGCCAGAUCAGCUGAUCAAACGUCGCGGUAAACUAGGCCUGAUCAACGUCAACGCCGAUCUGCCAUCAGUUCGUAACUGGAUAAACGAACGUAUGAACAAAGAGCAGAAAGUUGAGAAAGCAAGUGGCAAGCUAAAGACUUUCAUUAUUGAGCCCUUCGUCCCCCACAAGGCCGAGGAAGAGGCUUACGUCUGCAUCUACUCUCACCGAACAGCUGAUACAAUCCUCUUCCAUCACGAAGGGGGCGUCGAUAUCGGUGAUGUUGACGCCAAGGCUCUUAAGCUCGACGUACCAGUGGGAAAAGAACUCCCAGACAAAGCGACAAUAAUCUCAAAACUCCUUCCCCACGUGGCUGAAGCUAAGAGGAACGACAUUGCCACCUUCAUCGAAGCUCUCUACAAACUCUACGUUGAUCUCUACUUCACAUACUUGGAGAUAAACCCUCUGGUGGUAACGGACGACUACAUUUACAUCUUGGAUUUAGCUGCCAAGUUAGACACAACAGCUGACUUUAUCUGUCGUCCUGACUGGGGAGAAAUCAGCUAUCCACCUCCAUUCGGCCGUGAUGCCUAUCCCGAGGAGGCGUACAUCGCCGAUCUUGACGCGAAAUCGGGUGCCUCCCUGAAGCUAACGAUUCUCAAUCCUAACGGGAGGAUCUGGACGAUGGUAGCAGGUGGUGGUGCUUCAGUUAUCUAUUCAGACACAAUCUGCGAUUUGGGGGGUGCCUCAGAGCUCGCCAACUAUGGCGAGUAUUCCGGUGCUCCCAGUGAGCAGCAGACUUACGAAUACGCCAAGACAAUCCUUAGCCUGAUGACAAAAGAGAAACAUCCCGAUGGAAAAGUCCUCAUUAUCGGUGGUGGAAUAGCGAACUUUACGAAUGUCGCAGCGACCUUCAAAGGAAUUGUCAAGUCCCUCCAGGAAUUUCAGCCAAAACUGGUGGAACACGAUAUCAGGAUAUUUGUAAGACGAGCUGGACCAAACUACCAGGAAGGCCUACGCAUAAUUCGAGAAGUCGGUCGUCGUCUGGCCCUUCCCGUUCACGUCUUCGGCCCUGAGACCCAUAUGACAGCGAUCUGUGCAAUGGCCAUGGGAAAAAAACCUAUUCCCGAUCCAGAGGCGCAGGAAUUCUCAACAGCGAAUUUCUUGCUUCCCUCCGGGCAGGACGUGGGACCAACUUCACCCCUACCAACCCCACCACCUCCAGUUCAAAGGCCUACGGUAACGCAGGACUCAACUGAUUCACCAACAACUCAACAACUCUUCAGCAAUGGAACUCGUUCUAUCAUUUGGGGCAUGCAGACAAGGGCAGUGCAGAGCAUGCUGGACUUUGACUUCGUCUGUCGCAGGACUGUGCCAUCAGUUGCUGCUAUUGUCUAUCCCUUCGUUGGUGAUCAUAAGCAGAAGUUCUACUGGGGACACAAGGAGGUUCUGAUACCGGUUUACAAGCUGAUGAAGGAUGCUAUGGGGAAGCAUCCGGACGCUGAUGUCAUGGUAACGUUUGCCAGUCUGAGAUCUGCCUACGAGAGUACUGUAGAGACCCUCCAGUUCCCCCAGAUCAGGACGAUAGCCAUAAUAGCCGAGGGAAUACCUGAGAAUAUGACGAGAAAACUAAUUCUCAUGGCACACGAGAAGAAAGUUACCAUCAUCGGUCCAGCUACAGUGGGAGGUGUUAAGCCAGGAUGUUUCAAGAUUGGAAACACCGGUGGUAUGAUGGACAAUAUACUCCACAGCAAAUUGUACAGACCGGGAAGUGUUGCGUACGUGUCGCGAUCCGGUGGCAUGUCCAACGAGCUCAACAACAUCAUCUCGAAAGCUUCCAAUGGAGUGCUCGAGGGAGUCGCUAUUGGGGGAGACAGGUAUCCAGGUACCACUUUCAUGGACCACAUAAUGAGGUACCAGAACAAUCCUCAAGCCAAGUUGAUCAUCCUUCUAGGAGAGGUCGGGGGGAUCGAAGAGUACGAGGUGUGCGGAGCACUCCAGUCUGGGAGAAUUACUAAGCCCCUAGUUGCCUGGUGCAUCGGCACCUGUGCAAGCAUGUUCAAGUCAGAAGUACAGUUUGGACACGCUGGAUCUAUUGCUCACAGCAACAUGGAGACAGCUUCAGCGAAGAACGAAGCUUUAAGAAAGGCCGGAGCACAUGUGCCCGAUAGCUUUGACACACUUGGGGAUCUCAUUGCAUCUGUCUAUGGCAAACUCGUGGAGAGUGGGAGCAUUGUACCAGCACCAGAGGUACCUCCACCAACGGUACCGAUGGACUACAACUGGGCAAGAGAGUUGGGACUCAUCAGGAAGCCAGCGUCUUUUAUGACGUCUAUCUGUGACGAGAGGGGACAGGAGCUGCUUUACGCUGGGAUGCCUGUUACAGAGGUUCUCAAACAAAAUGUCGGCAUUGGAGGAGUUGUCUCGCUGUUGUGGUUCCAGAGGUGCCUGCAGCCGACUUACUGCAAGUUUCUGGAGAUGUCACUAAUGCUCACAGCUGAUCAUGGACCUGCCGUCUCUGGGGCACACAACACCAUUGUCUGUGCCAGGGCUGGCAAGGAUCUGGUCAGCUCGCUUGUCUCUGGACUGCUCACCAUUGGUGACAGGUUCGGGGGGGCUCUUGAUGGCGCCGCACGCAUGUUCUCGGAGGCUUAUGAUGCUGGUCUACAUCCUCAAGAGUUUGUUAAUAGCACGAGAAAGAAGGGACAGCUUAUUAUGGGAAUUGGUCACAGGGUUAAGAGUAUUAAUAAUCCCGAUAUGAGGGUCAAGCUCAUCAAGGAGUAUGUCUUGGAGAAUUUCCCGGUUAAGCCCCUGGUGGAGUAUGCCAUGGAGGUGGAGAAGAUCACUACCAGCAAGAAACCCAAUCUUAUUCUGAAUGUUGAUGGUAUUGUUGCCUGCGCUUUUGUGGACAUGCUAAGGCAUUCUGGAAUGUUUACGAGGGAGGAGGCUCAGGAAUACAUCGAGAUCGGGGCGAUCAACAGUUUAUUUGUCCUGGGAAGGAGUAUAGGAUUUAUUGGACAUUAUAUGGAUCAGAAACGAUUGAAACAAGGCCUCUAUCGACACCCAUGGGACGACAUCUCGUACGUCCUUCCCGAGCAGUACAAUUGAACGAAAAAAAAAUUGCAGGAAAAAAAAUCAGUGCUACGAAAUGUUGAGAAUCAUGUUCCAUUGAAUGCAUAACACGUCCAUUGCAAUAACUAACCCAGAUGAUGUUAAUACCGGCAAUGCGGUCCCCCUGCAGUUCCAGAGAAAUAGUGAAUCAAUGUUUUUGUCGAAGAAACCCUCCAGAAAUUUUUGAAAGUUAAUUAAUUCACCGGUCAAUUGAUUUUGCGGGUGAUUACGGAAAUUAUGAGGGUCUCAUUGGACAGAUAACGAUUCAGACAAAUUUUUGGAGGUAUCACAUUCCCUAGUUUGUACGAUAAAUUAGAGGAUAACCAGAUCAACGAUUGCAGCACAAAGUUUCAUGCAAAAAAAUUUAGAAAAAGUACUGAAAAAAUUAUUUUUCAAAGUAAAUAGAAAGUAAUGAGAAAUGAAAUUGCACAAUUGAAAUUUCUUAAAAACGUAGAGAUAAACGGGGAGGUUAUGAGGUAAAAUUAUGUGCAUUUGUAUUAUAAUUUAAGGGUUGCGUCUAAAUUCAAUAGAACGAGGUAAAUGAGUGAAAUAGUUGUUUAUUUUCAUUGUUUAUCUAGCUAAUAUACAUGAUUUUUAUUACUGUUAGUCAAAUGGUGAACCGUUCUCUGAAGGUUUUAAUAAGACUCUUCUUUACGAGGUCGAAUAUUUUUUUCUUUUUUUUUUCAUUAAUUUUUAGGCAUUCCGGUGGAAUGAGCAAUCUCACUUUUUCGAAAAUUAUGUUGAUAGAACAAAUGAACAUGAAUGAUUGAACCUAAUAAAAUUUGAAGGAGUAAA